AAAAAAUGGUCGCGUCUACCACCGUCAAGCUCAACACCGGCGCCGAGAUGCCUACGGUCAGCCUCGGGACAUGGAAGUCCAAGCCGGGACAGGUCGAGCACGCCGUUGAGCAUGCGCUCAAGGUCGGCUACAAGGGCAUCGACACGGCGGCGGCCUACAAGAACGAGGCUGAGGUUGGGAAGGGGAUCAAGGACUCGGGCGUCCCGCGCGAGUCGAUCUUCCUGACCACCAAGCUCGACAACCCGGACCAGAAGAACCCGGAGAAGGCGCUGAACGACUCGCUCAAGGCGCUCGAUACGCCCUACCUUGACCUUUGGCUCAUGCACUGGCCUGCGCCCAUGUUUGACGGCAGCACUCCGGACAAGAGCAUCGACUGGCUCGACACCUGGAAGGAGAUGGAGCGCCUCUACAAGACCUACCCGGACAAGCUCAAGGCCAUCGGCGUCUCCAACUUCUCCGUCAAGUUCCUCGAGCGCCUUCUCGCGAACUCCACGGUUGUUCCGGCCGUUAACCAGAUUGAGCUUCACCCCUCGUGCACCCAGACCGACGUCGUCGAGUUCUGCCGCUCGAAGGGCAUUGUAAUCACCUCCUACUCCCCGCUCGGCUCCGACAACUCGCCGCUGCUGACGAACCCGACGGUGACGAAACUCGCGGAGAAGUACAACGUCGCGCCCGCGAACAUCCUCAUCUCGCUCCAGGCGAACAAGCCGGGUGUCACUGUCCUCCCCAAGUCCGUCACCCCCGCUCGCAUCGAGGCGAACCAGAAGAUCGUCGACCUCACCGACGCUGAGAUUGCUGAGCUCGAGGCCAUCGACAAGGAGCACCACUUCCGCGCGUGCCAUCCUUCGUGGACUGGCUGGGGCAGUCUCGGCUUCCCUGACUGCUUGGACGCCGACAAGGAGUAAGCAUUCGUCGAGGGCCGUGAUCUGCUUGUCCGCAUAGGGAGAAGUCACGAUUCGCUGACCGGGUUCUGAACUUAUACCUAAGUAACUGUAUUUGAACUAGAACUGUAGCAAAUAUCGUUGUUGACGCUCUGAACGCUCUGAUCGCUUUGACCUCAAG